AUGAAAGGAUGGUAAAAUAUGUAUAAUGUUACUUAAAAAAAGAAUGCAAACGAUAAUAGCGUUAAAGACAUAAUAUAAUUCGAAAUGAAUCAAUAUUUAAAUAAAGAAAAAUUAGAUAGUUAUCUUGAUUAUGAAUUUCCUUAGCUAGAAUGCUUUAGUUUAGCUUAGUUAAUAGAAUCGAUGGUAUUUUAUUUUUUUAUGUUUAGAAUUGCAAUUGCAUAAAGAUUUAUAAAGGAUAGGUGUUAAUUAUCAUUUUAUAAGUGUUAAAACACCUUUAAUAAUUACAUUAAAAGAAAUUAUCACAUGGAAGAUUAAAGCCUUAAAAUAUUGUUAUUUAAUUAAAAAAUGAGAAAGAUCAUAAAUUAUCAAUCAUUUAAACAAUCAUUACUAUAUAAUAGGUUUAUUUUAUAAAUUAUAGAAUUAUUGAUGAUUUUGAAGAUAAAAUUAAUUGCUCUUAAGAUGUUUAUGAUAUUAUUGAUUGUUGUAUUGAAUUAAUAAAUGCCUAUUCAAAGAAACUUUGUGAAUUAUAGCAAUUUAUUGUUGAUCAAUUAAAUUAGUAUAAAAAUAACAUAUAGGAAAGUAGUAUAUCCAAAGUAGUUGAAUAUAUUGAUUUAUUAAUUAAAGAGUAUUGAAUAUCAUUAUUUUAGAUGCGUUGAUUUAAAAUACUAGAAAGUAAAAGUCAUUCAAAUUUAUCCUUCUAAAUUAAAUGAGAAUACCAUUUCUACUAUUUAAUGUUAGGAAGGUGAAGAAUUUGGUAAAUUAUCAAAAAGAUAGAGAAAUUCAACUAUUUUUAUUACAAAGUUUUUAGAAAAAAUUAGUUUUCAAUCAGUUUGUUGCAAAUUGAAUAUUUAAUCGAAUUAAAGUGAAAAUGAAAUUUACCAAUAGAUUCAAUAUAUUGAUACAAAUCAUAUGGAAUAUGAAGAAAAAAAGAUCCUUUAGAUUUUCGAAUCAAUAAUAAGAUAACAAAUGAUGAAAAUAAUUUGGAAGAAUUAUGGAGAUUUCUUAGAAAGUGGUAAUUAAAAUAAUGAAGAAAAAUGGGUCAAAAUAGUUGAAAUAAUGAAUAUCACAAAUCAACAUAUCUUAUAAAAUCACUUCGUUUGUAUUCUUUAGGAAUAUAUAAAAAUUAAAGAAAUAAAUGAUGAAAUAAAAAAAGAUAUUGAAAAGGAUUACAAGUUUAAUAUUGUUUAUGAUGAAUAAAAAGCGAAAGAUCAAUUUAUUUUAGAACUAAAGGUUUAGGCAUAAAAUUAUGAUUUAAAUAAUAUUCAACAAUUUAUUAAUAAUGUCAAGGCUCAAGUUAAAAAAGAGUUAUAAGAAUAUUACAAUCAAAUAUUAGAACUUGAAAUAUUAACUUUGAUACAAGAUUUAAUUUGA